AUGGCUCCUUCCAUCUCUGCAACUAUCCUUGUCUUCUUCUCCAUAACAUCAACCUUUUGGCCUGCUAUACUCUCAGCAUCAGUGGUGGAAGACCUCGCCAAGUUACAACCACCUCCAGAUUUCAACUCAACAAUUAUCACCAACUGCAUCAAAAACCCUUCCUUAAGAUACUGCAAUUAUUCCUCCCCUACCGGCCUCCAUGAAAUCUUCAAAUCCACCAUUGUCGCUGCCCAUCUCUGCAACGAGUCAAACAACCCCAACUGUGUCGAAUCAUUCCCCAAAAUAGACCUUCGAAGCCGCCCAAAGAUUACACCACUCUACUUGUCAUUCACUUUCUUUUGGAAGUUCUGCCCAUUAACCAUCUUAUCUAUCGAUUUGUCCAACAAUUCUAUAAAGGGUAGCUUUCCAGUUGACAUCCUCCAAUGCACACAAAUCCAAGCUCUUGAUUUGAGCCACAAUGACCUUUCUGGUGAUGUUCCAAUACACCUCUUCUCUCCUCUCACCAACCUCACACUUCUUAAUCUGUCCUACAAUCACUUUUCUGAAGGUCAAAUCUCUGAAACAGAGUUCUUCAAGCGGUUUAAUGCCUCAUGUUUUCUUCAUUCCGGCCUCCUUCCGGACCGGAACAAGUUUACUAUCAAGGCUUUAAUCUUUUUGGUUUGUUUUCCUAUCUCUGUGAUUCUGAUGGUGGGUUGUUUCGGGUGGCUUUGUUUCUGGCGACCCGAUUUUCUGCCGAGAGUGUUUCGUAGAAAGAAUAAGUUCACGCUGCCGAUGCUUAAGGCGGCGACUGGUGGGUUUUCAAGGAAGAAUUUGGUGGGAAAGAGCGAGGGAGUUGAUAUUUACAGAGGAGUUCUGAGGGAUGGUACUGAAGUAAGGAUUGAAAUCUACUGGGAUGAUGAUAUUUCGAGGGAAAUCCGACAAAGAUUUGUUGAAGAAUGCAAGGUUGUUGCUCAAUUACGCCACAAGAACAUAGUUCGUGUGUUGGGAUGGUGUAAUAGCAGAAAAGUGAGGGCUAUUGUCACAGAAUGGAUGGAGGGCAAGAGUGUUGAGAUAUGGCUAUCAUCAGGGUCUUCUCCCUCAUGGAAGCAAAGGUUGAAAAUAUUGAUGGGAGUAGUGAAAGGCGUGUGUUAUCUACAAGAGGAAUGGCCUGAAGUUGGGUAUGAUCUCAGCACAGGCAGUGUUUUGUUGUCUGAUGACCUAGAGCCACUGAUUUCAAGGUUUAAGGUUAGAGAUCAAAGCAGCAGUACAAGGAAGAUUUACAAUUUUGGAGUAUUCCUACUGGAGUUAGUAGUGAACAGGAUGUCAGGCGAUGGAUUCGACAGUGGCGAGCUGGGGUUUAUUGAUCAUAUCAGAAUGCAUUAUCCUGAAAAUUUAAGGAAGCUGAUUGAUGAAAGAAUGAAAAUGACAGACAAUAGUAUUGAUCAAGUUAAAGAGGUAGUAGGCAUAGGUUUAAUGUGCACAGAUCAGUCAAAUAGUCAUCAGCUACACAUGGGUCAGAUUUCUGAUAUGAUAAUUAGAGCCUAUGAAUCUUGGAAUGUUUUGGAGUCUCCUACUCAUAAAAGAUCACAUGGAGACAGAGGCAAGGGGCACAAGCGCAUACAAUCAAGAUAA